ACAGAAUGCGCAAACACGCAUUUGUGAGCGUGGACGUGCACCACAUGUGAUCUCGUGCCGUUCCUAGAAACGAGCUUAGGAAACAGGUCCUGGGAGCGCGAGCGGGCCAGGACGUUUCCGUGCGUCCCAGCCUCCUGGAGGAGUACUGUGUGUCUGGAGCUCUGACUCUGACUCACUCCGCUCCUCCGCGCGCGCACGUGACAGGGAACGGCGUCCGAGCCGCGGGAGGCGAACGGACGCUUUCCGAGGAAAAAGUCCAAUUCAUCGAAGAGCGGCAGCAUCUGGCGCCUGUGCGUGUGAGAUAAAGGGGGCGAUGCUGCGUCAUCACAGCGUCCACUGCUCCGGUUCCGCUCGCCGUGUGGCUAAUGGGAGUCCACCUGCUGGAGUCGGGUUCUGCCAGCGGAACCUCUCCGGCUCCGGGUCACCUUCCAGCCGGAGGUUCGCUGUAUGAGUCAACGUGCUGCUGAGCGGCUCUGACCUUCACGCGCGACUCUCCCAACUGUUGCCACCCAUUUCACCCAGUUUCCUCCCAGUUUGGGGGUGAAACGCUGUAACUGGCGAGCUGGAACUCGCUAGUUACGCCGACGCUCCGUGCGCUCGUGCCGGUUCGGGUCUUAUCUGCUGGUCCCGUGACAGCAGCGGAGACAGAGGCAGAACCGGGGCCCCACAGCAGCCUCGCACGCAGCGGUGUGUUCCCGGAACGGAGCGCGCGUGCGCAACAGACCCAGCGAUGAGGGGACGCGGCCAGAACGCGCUCAGCUGCGUUAUUAGAUGUUAGCGGACUAUUACCCCACUCACAGCUGUUAUGUGUGAAAAAAACCAGGGGAACAGGUUUGCCUUUUAGCCUCGAAUAUUUUCUUUUCUUCUUUUAAAUCUCUAGUUUUCUGCUUUCUAGCAUCUACAGCCUCUGCUCGUGUCAAACGUCCUAAACAAAUGUAAAUAUAUUAUCAGUAACAUCUGUGUUUCACUCACGGAGUGUGAAAAGUGAGCGAACAUAAUUCUAAAUGAGUGAAUUUAGAAUUAAACAUUAGAUGAAAACAUGAAUGUUGUCUCAUUGUUGUUCAAUAACGAGCAGCGCUCCGAGCUGCUCCCUUCAUGAAGCAGAGGAAUGAACCGUACAUAUUUCUCCAUUCCCCGCCCGGGGGUCAGCAGCCAAUGACUUGUCAGCGGUGCUAUUUAAGACUCGGCCGGGACAAGGUGGUUCAGAUAUCAGCUCCUCUGCGCGCGACAGGACGCGGCGGCUCGUUGGAAGGAGCUUCUCCCACAGCGACGAAGCGGCUGAAGGCGUCUCCCGCUCGGGACCGACGCCGGGGAAGACAUGGACGCCUGGCGGCUCCGCGGUCUGUGCUUGCUGGUGCUGAGCGCAGCCGCGCGGCGCGUGACGUCCCUGGAAGAGACGCUCGCCGACCCUGCGCGCGGGAACCCCGUGGAGCCUCUGACAGACUCGUGGGACCGACAGGACGACAGCAGCCAUCACGCUUAUGCAAAAUUCUCCCUCCGUAAACCCUCGCACCCCGAUGACGACCUCUGUUAUAUUGUUCCCGGCAAAAAUGGAACUCUGGCUGCCUGCGCCUUUAACGACACGUCCAAAACCUUCCUCGUGAUCCACGGAUGGACGCUGACCGGCAUGUUUGAAAGCUGGGUGCCCAAGCUGGUGUCGGCGCUGCACGAGAGGGAGCGCGCGGCCAACGUCAUCGUGGUGGACUGGCUCGCCUCGGCCCAGAACCACUAUGUGGUGGCGGCCCAGAACACCAAGGCCGUGGGGCAGGAGGUCGCUCGCUUCAUCGACUGGUUGGAGGAAACCACCAGCUUGCCUCUUGAGAACGUCCACCUGAUCGGUUACAGCCUCGGGGCCCAUGUUGCAGGAUUCGCCGGCAGCCACGCGAACAACAAAGUUGGAAGAAUCACCGGUCUGGACCCGGCCGGGCCGGACUUCGAGGGGCAGCUCGCCCACCGGCGCCUCUCUCCAGACGACGCCCGCUUCGUGGACGUCCUUCACACCUUCACGCGGGGCUCGUUGGGCCUCAGCAUCGGGAUCCGGCAGCCCGUCGGACACGUGGACAUCUACCCCAACGGCGGCGCCUUCCAGCCGGGCUGCGACCUCCGGGGCGCCCUGGAGAGGAUCGCGCACUUGGGCCUUUUGGCCGUCGCGGACGCCGCGCGGUGCGAACGCGAGCGCUCCGUCCACCUGUUCAUCGACUCGCUGCUGAACCAGCGCCAGGCGCCCACGGCCUACAGGUGCGGCAGCGGCGAGGCGUUCGAGCGCGGCGUGUGUCUCGGCUGCCGCGGGAGCCGCUGCAACACGGUGGGCUACGGCGCCAGCAGGGUCCGCGGGCCGCGGGGCGGUCCGAUGUUCACCAGGACACGGGCCUCCAUGCCCUUCAGAGUUUACCAUUACCAGCUGAAGAUUCACUUCAGCAGGGUGGUCCGUUCAGAGGUGGAGCCCUCCAUCACUGUCUCGCUGUACGGAACCAGAGGAGAGGCCGAAAACCUGGAGCUGAACCUAAAGGAGAAAAUAGCAUCAAACGCGACUCACUCCUUCCUGCUGGUGACAGAUAAAGACGUCGGCGAGCUGUUGAUGCUUCAGUUCAGAUGGGAGGAGACGGGCGGCUGGUCGGCCUCCGGCGCCUGGAGGGCGGUGACCUCCUGGUGGUCGGGGCACUCGGACAGCGGCAACAUGGAGGUUCGCAAAAUCCGCGUUCGAGCCGGCGAGACCCAACGCAAGAUCGUGUUCUGUGUGAAAAACCCGGCGGCUCAGAGCGUGGCUCAGGAGGUCACUUUCGUUAAAUGUAAGGAUCCUUGGAGGACAAACCGGAAACAAACCCAGAAAAGAGUAACUGUGAAGAGCCACUGACCCUGAGGAACAGGUCCAGCUGAAAGCUCUCGGGUCCAUUUCAGCACUUAAGUAUUUAUGCACAUGUAAAUUAUUGUAUUUUUUGAAAUACACAACACUUCUACCACAUUGUACAGUAUAUAUUCAUAAACAUUUGUUAUUUAAAACAUUCUAUAUGUAAAUUAAUGAAUAAUACUUUGUGUAAUAAGUGUAGUGACAAUGACAGUAACUUCAGUGAUUCAGUAAAUAUAACAGUUUAUGAAAUUUGUGCAACUUUUACCCCCUUUAGUCACUGUGAAAAAGAGAGAGAGAGAGUUUGAGUAUGAACACACAAAUAUAAGUAAAUAAAUACGUAUUCAAACACUUUAAUGAGCUAGUGAAGCCAGUAAAGAGCUGCGGAGCCUGAGUGCAAAUGCUAUGAAGGCCAUGAUGAGCUCUAUCCAGAACCCGGCGCAGUCGUUUCAGUCACAGCGUGUGGUCCAAGCGUUCCAGUUACUGCUAACAACUGUGUUUGUUUGAGCUGACAGAGCUUCCAGCACUGGAUGUGACUGUGGGCCCGUAUCAGCGUGCCUUCGUGUGAACAGAGCUAGAUGUUGGUUCAUCUGAGCUUGAUGAUUGUUGUUAUUCUACAACCUUUUAAGUACUUUACACUUAGAUAAAGUGUUCUACACCUAAAAGAAGGAAAAGCAUCUUAUACGUGGUACAUGGAGCGGUUGACAGACCAUUUUAUGUCCAUGUGUUGAUUUGACUGUACGUUAAUAAUAGUAUAAUUUUGUCUGUGCUUGUUACCUUUCAGCUUACAGCGCUGUUUCCAGAUAACUUCAUAGAUCGGUACUGUUGACAUUGUGAUUUCAAAAUAGUGAAGACUUUUUCUUAUGCACUGAAAGUUUCUUGGACAGUGAUUGUAAUGUAAACACCAAAUUACAGAUGUUCUGGUGUCAAACAUUGUCCGUUAUAUAUAGGUUAGCAUAAAAUGUGUUUAAAAUAUUAUAUUGUAUUUUAUACAUACAUGUGUAAAUAUUCACUGUACUGUACAAUUUUUUAAUAAACAAAAACUAAAAUCUG